AUGGCCGACGACGAGGAGCGCAUCAAAGCCGAGAAGCUGGCUGCAGCCAAGAAAAGGGUUGCCCAGCUCCAGAAGAAAAAGAAGGCCAAGAAGACCCCCACCACUGGAACGGAUACACCCAAGGAGGCAGAGACCCCAACAGAGACAGAACCUGCGGAAGAUGUUCCGAGCCCAGAAACACUGGCAGACGCCCCCGCGGAGGAGAAGCCAGACAUGCGAGACGAGCCCGCCGCGCAAUCCGAGGCCGCAGCCCCCGAACAACCAGAGGAAGCAGAAGAACCAAAUGCGCAGCUUGCCACUGAUAGGGAUAUCGAGUCUCCUACCGAACCGAUGCCUCCAGCGCCCACAUCUCCCGACCCAGAGGCUGAGCCGCUGCCGGUCCGGCUCGAUACACCCCGCGCCGGCCACGGCCGACAACCCUCACUGUCAAUCCAGUCAAAGAUGCGCUCAUCUUCAUUCCGAAAGACCUCUCGCCUCCCCUCUCCGUCGGCUACAAUCAAGUCCCCCGCACAAUCAUUACCACCCCUAACCGGGGACGGGGAGUCGGUCCACGAAGUGUUCCGCAAACAGUCUACUAAGAUCGAGGAACUCGAGAAAGAUAAUAAACGAUUGGAGAAGGAUCUUGCGGAUGCGACUUUGCGCUGGCGCAAGACUGAGGAGCAAGUGGAGGAUCUGCGGGAUGCGAGUGUUGAUGGCGCAGAGUUGAAGGAGCAGUUGAAGAAGGCCGAGGAGAAGGUUGCAAGCAUUGAGUCAUUGAAGGAGGAAAUUGCUUCCCUCCAGCGACAGAACUCACAGCUCCAGACCCGGUCACAUCGAAACACAAGUACGACAGAGUCGCCACCAGCCGACCUUGUCCGUCAGCUCGAGUCCAAGUCGGCCACUAUAGAGUCCAUGGAGUUGGAGAUCUCAAAUCUCCGCGCCCAGGUCGCCUCCCAAACUUCCUCCAACGAUGCACACGAGUCCCAGGUGGCAGCGCUAGAGGAGAAGGUGUCAACGAGCCAAUCCGCACUAGAUCAAUCCCAGCGUGAGCUGGCAGACACAAAGCAGGCAUUGACGCGGGCCUCCGAGAAAGCAGUCAAGGAAGGCGUCGACAAGACAUCCACCGAAACGCUGAUCAGUAAUCUCCAGCGUGAGAUCGAGGAACACAAGAGCGAAAAAAGCGAACUGGAAAAGAAAAUCGAGACUUUAGACAAGAAAGUCCAGGCAAUCGGCAAUCUCCACAAAGAAACCGAAGCCCGGCACCAAACACGGUUACGUGAGAGCGAGAAAUCCGAGAAAGAAAUCUCUGUCAUGCGCAAAAAGAUCGCCAGCAUCGAAAACGAGAACCUUCGCCUACGCGAAGAGAGUGAUCGGAUCCGGACUCGCCAGGUCGGCGGAGGUGCCGACGACGACGCCCUGGACGAGCUCGAGGACGAAGAACGCCAGCGCCUUGAGCGCCGCAUCCGCGAGCUGGAAGGCGAGGUCUUCGAUCUGCGCCGCGGUGUCUGGCAAGAGAAGCGUCAGGAGAUGGAAUACUAUCCGGAUGACGGACCUAGCCCUGCCACCGGCGACGCAGCUAAUGCAUUCGAUGACGUUGAUCUCGUCGGUGGACGACCCGACCAUGCCCGUCGCCGCAGCAUGGCCCAGAAUCAGCACUCGUCCUUCUCCACGGUGCUUUCUAGUGGCUUUGCUGCCUUCACAGGAGCUGCUGGCAAUCGCGCUUCAAUGUCUAACCCGUCCCACCCCCCUGGUACCCGUGGUAGUCUCGAGCUUGUUUCCGAAGAAAACUUUGAUGAUGAGUUCGAUGAAGAUGCAUUCGCGCGUGCGCAGGCUGAGGAGGAGGGUCGCAAGCGUGUUGAGUGGAUGCGCGAUAUCAAGAGCAAGCUGCGUGACUGGAAUGGCUGGCGCCUGGAUCUGGUCGACAGCCGUGCUGGUGCAGAAGGUGCUGGCGUAGGCAUGGGCGAGAUAUUUGAGGUUUAG